AUGGCGGGGCGGCCGUGGGGCGCGCCGGGCGGGCCCUGGAGGGGCAACAGCAGCGCCCUGCUCAACGCCUCCCAGCAGGUGCCUGGCGGCGGGCCGGCGGGCGCGCGACCCCCCUGGCUGGCCUCCACGCUGGCCUCCGUCCUCGUCUUCACCAUCGUGGUGGACCUCCUGGGCAACCUCCUGGUCAUCCUGGCCGUGUGUCGGAACAAGAAGCUGAGGAACACAGGGAACAUAUUUGUGGUGAGCCUAGCAGUCGCAGACCUGGUGGUGGCUGUGUAUCCCUACCCCUUGGUGCUGACCUCUAUACUGAACAACGGGUGGAACCUGGGGAGCCUGCACUGCCAGGUCAGUGGCUUCCUGAUGGGCCUGAGCGUCAUCGGCUCCAUCUUCAACAUCACCGGGAUCGCCAUCAACCGCUACUGCUACAUCUGCCACAGUCUCAAGUACGACAGGCUGUACAGCAACAAGAACUCCCUCUGCUGCGUGCUCCUGAUCUGGACGCUGACCCUCGUGGCCAUCGCGCCCAACCUGCACAUCGGGAGCCUGCAGUACGACCCGCGCGUCUACUCCUGCACCUUCGCGCAGUCCACCAGCUCCGCCUACACCAUCGCCGUGGUGGUCUUCCAUUUCCUGGUCCCCAUGGCCAUCGUGGUCUUCUGCUACCUGAGGAUAUGGGUCCUGGUUCUGCGGGUCAGACGGAGGGUGAAGCCUGACAGCAAACCCAAGCUGAAGCCACAGGAUUUCAGGAACUUUGUCAGCAUGUUUGUGGUUUUCGUGCUUUUUGCCAUCUGCUGGGCGCCUCUAAACGUGAUCGGUCUCGCCGUGGCCUCAGACCCCGCCCGCAUGGUACCCAGGGUCCCCGAGUGGCUCUUUGUGGCCAGUUACUAUAUGGCCUAUUUCAACAGCUGCCUCAACGCAAUUAUUUAUGGAGUGCUGAACCAGAAUUUCAGGAAGGAAUACAGAAGAAUUAUAGUCUCCCUGUGCACCGCCAAGAUGUUCUUCGCCGAGAGCACGAACGAGGGAGCAGAUAGGGUCAAAUGCAAACCCUCGCCAUUGAUGACCAACAAUAACCUAGUACAGGUGGACUCCGUGUAA